AUGCCGCAGGAGCGCCAGCCUCAGGAUACCUGUGCCGGAGUCCGCCUGGAGGCACACAGCAACCAACGCUGUGACUAUGGGCCGCGUAGAGCCCUGCAGGCAGACAUUGCGGGUCGCAGCUCUCUACACGCACUGUGGUAUACCAUCGAUGAUUUCGAUAUCGGAGGAUUAGUGGGUGAUGGCGCACACGGGCAGGUUUUUCUGGCACGAGAGAGGCGUACGGGAUUCAUAUGUGUAAUCAAGUGUAUUUCCAAGGCACUACUCAUCGGCAGCAAACAGGAAGAGAUUUUCAGACGAGAGAUUGAGGUUCAUGGACACCUGCGUCACCCAAAUAUCGUAAGCAUAUUCACGUGGUUUGCGUCGGAAUCAAUGGUCUAUAUAGUGCUAGAAUAUUGUAUUAAUGGAGAUCUUUAUAGUCACUUGAAUGCACGUGGAAGGCUACCGGAACAGCGAGUUGCGGAGAUUUGCUUUGAAGUCACAUGGGCUAUACGUACGUGCCACGACAAACAUAUUGCACAUCUGGACCUUAAACCGGAAAAUAUUCUACUAGACCACAACUUUCAUUGCAAAUUGGCAGACUUCGGGCUAUCUGCACAUGUAGGUGCAAAAGGUGAUAAAGUCAGCCAUAUGAGAGGAACAUACGAUUACUGGUCACCGGAACAGUGUGCAUGUAAAUACAAUAAAGAAGGGAUGUUCGGCGAAUUCAACCAUAAAAGUGAUAUAUGGGCAAUCGGUGUCCUAGUGUUCGAACUAUUUUUUGGUAAACCUCCUUUUGGCUCCACCACAUCCGAGGACAUCGACGUAGUCCUCGAACGAAUACAAACCUACACGUGGCAUCGUCAUUGGGUGGCAAAACAUGGCCGAUCAAGACUUGACGAAGCUAGCGAAGAGUUUCGCUUAUUCUGUGAUAUCUGCUUCGAAAAAGAUGCACAAAAACGGGCAGACGCUGAGACUCUACUGCGACAUCCAUGGCUGUGCCAGAGAAACGCAGAAAGGUACAAAUCGCACGUAUUUCUCAACCAAAUAAGGAACCAAGAGAUUGGGGUGUGCUCAGAUAUACAGUAA